UGAUAGUUGGAAUAAAGAAAGUAGAAUGUCAGAUUUCAGAAGUUCAGAACGCGAUGCAGGUGGGUGGAAACACCACAGCAGUCGUUAUACAGUGGAGUGCCCCAGCGACAGGAGCUAGCCUCGUGACUCAAUACGUGGUGAACUGUACCCACUGUCUAGGUAACCGUCAAUACAACUCGUGUGGCAGUGCCGUGGUGAACAGGAUCGCUUUCAACGCUACCAUCUCCAGCCUAACUCCGGGCAUACUUUAUGCAAUAGACGUGAAAGGCCAAGGGAGCAUCUUUGUAGGCAACAAAACCACUGUGUUUGCAAAUACGCUAAGCAACUCAAGUGAGAGCUGUAACCAGGUGCUGGUGGCGGCACCUGUCGCCUAUUUCACAUCUUCAAACUACCCACAAGUGUAUGACAAGAACCAAAAGUGUUAUUACUACGUCUCCAUGCCCAGCCUACCUUAUGGAAAAGCCAGGGUUUUCUAUCAUGGGCUGAACCUGGAUAACGACACAUUAAAGAUCGAACUGGGCUACUGCGAGAGCAAUAAUUAUGGUUGGACUUUAGAACAAAACGUGACCAUCAUAGAGGAGCAGUCCCAAAUGGUUAGCCACUUGCUUUUGGUGGGCUACUUCACCGCUGAUGGCUACCGGAAUCAGGAACAGGGGUUUAAUAUAUCUGUGAAUGCGUCCUAUCAGUGCAAUCACAUAUUAACAGAUCCUGUUGGUACCUACUUGUCACCGGAUUAUCCAUUUAAAUAUCCGACUGGUCACUCAUGCAACACCACCAUCCUGGGAGGCCCAUAUGCGGCAUCUAUAACUCUGACCGUCAACAGUUUUGAAUACGAAGAUGGUUAUGAUUACGUAGGCGUCUUUGGCAAAAACAUUGGCGACGCAGGUUAUACUUUUAUCCAAAACUGCACCGGGGACACCUGCAUCACGGGCACGUUAGAUUACUCCGUGAUUCUCUUCUGGUCCAUAUCAGACGGCUCCAUUACUGCUGCUGGGGCUAACAUUAGUUAUCAAGUGAACUUAAUGACCACGACAAUGGAGGACACCACGACACAGGAGAUGACCACUACUACAGAGAGUGAGACGACAACGGUCAGGCAGACGACAACCACCGAGCAGACGACAAUGGCCGAGGAGACGACGACGACAACCUCCACUACAACUACCACGCCUCUCAUUACCACAACACCCGUCCAAACUACAACAGCGAGCGCAGACGAAAUGUUGGAUAACCUGGACUCACUAAUGGAGGACCCGGAUGCUUUUGCAGACGCCGUACUAAACAUUGGCGCGAGUUUAGCCGGUUCGGGAGCUGGGAAUGGAUCCCAAAACUCGUCUGCGCUCACUCAGAAACUUCUCAGUAACAUUGAAUCAUUUGCGUCGAAUCCAAAUAUAACGCUGAGUGUGGAUACUAUUGAUAAGGUAUCCAGCGGUCUGGGCAACCUGACAUCCGUUGAUGCAUCAGCAGCAGAUAAGCUCCUGGACGUCACCAGCAACCUGGCAGGGCGGAUGGCGGGGCAGCCAGUGGACGCCGUGGCUAGAGUUGGAAAAAAUUUCUUGUCGGCCAUCGGGACGUCCUUGACAGCGACCUCUGUUCCAACCUCGGCACCGGCAGCUUCCGGUAAUUCAUCCAGCAGCGGCGGCAGCCAGAUGUCAGAAGCCGACAGAACUGUGGCUAAAGCCGCAGUAGAAAAAGCCAACCAAAUAUUGGAGACUGUGGCUUCCUUAGUGUACAGUGGUCUCAAUGGGACCACGCCUGUCGUCAUUUCCGGGGGAAGCAUCAACAUGGCGUUACAGAAAUCAACCAGUGAUGACCCAGCACAAAAUGUCACUGCGCCCAAUGCCAACGUUGCUAUGCCAGGGGUCAACGCUGCGCCUGGAACAACACUGCUUACUAAGAUGGUUAUACACGACAAGCCCCCUCACUCCUAUUCCGCUUCCAAUAAAGAUGUUAAUUCGCCCAGCAUCGACUGUACGAUCAAAGAUUCUAAUGGAAACAUAAUGACACCAACAGAACCGGUGCAAAUCGAAAGUGAAACCGGAAGAACAACUGAUCCGGAAGAGAUAGUCGUUGAAAACGGCAAUGGCAGCACGUCAUUUUUGGCUUUCACAAUAAGUGACCCCCCAACGUCUUUGCUUGUCACCAUCAACAGGCGAGGCGAUCCAAAUGACACGUACACCUUGAUUGGCAACUUUAAGACAAAACCGACAGAAACCACGUACUUGUUUAAAGUUGUUGCAGACACACAGCUUUUAACAACUGACUACGGAAGUGCCACAGGGAUAUCAGUCAGUCUAGUCUCAAACAGCUACAGAUUGUUCGUCUCUGCUAAGAACUUCGAUGGCGCUGGUACCAUGUACAUUGGUGUUACCCAGGAAGGUCCGCAGGCUGUCGUAUCUAGCAGCAGAAGACUUCUAAGUUCAGGGAACACGACCACCAACUUCACUGCGCAGGCGCUAACUAUCGACGCACGCGUGUGGAACGCAACUACCAGCCAAUGGGAAACGUCCACAGAGCUAGAGAUUGCUCCCGAAUCGACAGGUAGAAAGGUUGUCUUUAAGAGCAACUUCUUCGGAUCAUUCGCCGCCGGCUUAUUUGAGCCACCAAACACUAUCGACUUCGAUGCAGUGUUCGCCAAUUUUGGGGAGCGGCUGGCCGAGAAUGCGUAUGUGUUCGGUUUUCUGAUUGGUCUAGUGGUUCUGUACAUUAUAUUGGUCAUAUUUAUGAGGAGGAGGGACCUUCAAGACAGAAUACUGUGGGCUUAUGCACCGUUAUCUGACAACAAGAAAAGUGACACUUAUUACUACAGAAUCAGCGUGUUAACCGGUCUGCGUUCGUCGCGCCAUCUAUCGGCCAAUGUUUACUUCAUACUCCACGGGGAACUCGGGAAGACAAGACCAAGAGUGCUGUCAGAUGGACAGCGUAAGUGUUUACAAAGUGGCACUACCAAUAACUACAUCAUGGGCGUCCCCAAGUCCCUAGGAAAACUUACUAAUAUGCAGAUAUGGCAUGACGGGAAGGGGAAAAGUCCCCACUGGCUCCUCAGAAAGAUCAUAGUCUAUGACGUCACAGAAAAAAAACGGUUCUUCUUCACCUGUGGUCGGUGGCUGUCACAUACCAAAGGCGAGAAGAGGAUCGAACGUCUGCUCACUGCACGCUCUGAAGAUGAAAUCCAGGAGUUCAACGAACUUUUCGAGGAAAACGCUUCCAAGAAUUUCUUUGACGAUCACUUGUGGAUUUCGGUGUUCACUCGACCCACGUCAAGCAGGUUCUCCCGAGUGCAGAGGGUCUCGGUGUGUAUAGCGAUGCUCUUCCUAGCCAUGAUUGCCAACGCCAUGUUCUUCAAGGGAGAGGAAGAGGGGACGUCGAGCAGCGGUAUAUCUCUGGGCCCCAUCACCAUCACUUUCCGCCAGGUCUAUGUCGGCUUUAUAGGAAGUCUCCUUGUGGUCCCCCCAACUGUCAUCAUGAUUGAGAUAUUCAGGCGUGCCAAGCCAAGGGUUACAGACACCAAAAAAUUUGACAUUGAAGAGGGGCAAUCGCGGUUCGGGACUGGGGUUGUCUUGAAGCCGGUGGCGAUAUCUUACGGCGUGCAGGAGAAUGAGAAGAAAAUGAAGGCGAAGGAAGAAAAUGGUCUUGAUUCUUAUGGGAUAUGUAGCACUGAGUAUGGAAUAGCGUACCCUGAACGCAUGAUACCCGUAACGUACCGCGACACGUAUUUUUCAGCGACCACUGACGACAAAUCUGGUAGUCAGGUGACAGACGAGCUUCUGAUGUCCUUGGCCAUGCAACCCUUCACGAGGGGGAACUUCUUCGAUGCGUUAGGGAAGGCUGAUGCCAAGAAAAAGAAGGAAGCCUCCAAACCGCUGAUGCUGCCUUGGGGCUUUAUCAUAGUGGGAUACGUGCUUGUAAUACUGUCUGUGGCGGCGUCGGGGUUCUUUACGCUUCUCUACAGCCUUCAGUGGGGGAAGGAGAAGGCGCUGGAUUGGCUACUGUCCAUGUUUUUCUCUUUCACACAGUCUUUCAUCAUCAUUCAGCCGAUUAAGGUGGUGUUGUUAGCAGUGGCGUUCUCGUGUAUAUCCAAAUUACCGGCCGUUGAGGAUGAGGACGACAUGGACAUGGAGAACAUCGAUAUACUGGUGUCACGACGAGGCUCGGGACCGGUGACCGUAUUCAUACCGCAUCAACUCGAGGAACCAGGCGACAACAGCGAGGAACUGAAGGAGAAAAGAGCGUCGCAUCUUCGGGACAAAAGACUGAUGGGGAAACUGCAGGACGUGGCAGUUCACCUGUUGCACUUAUUUUUACUCAUCGUCAUCUGCUUCAGUAACCGCGAUGACAACUUUUUUCUGCAAAACUACGCUGUGCGGACUGGUUUCGAAAUGGGGGAUAUAUCGUUUGGUAGCUUUGAUGACAUUUGGACGUGGUUAGACGAAACAAUCGUGCCCGGGGUGUUCCCAACGACACUGUAUAAUGGUGACACUCUAGACACCUACGAGACUCAGUUCAUACGAGAUCUAGCGGGACUGAGACUGGGCCCAUUGCGUCUGCGCCAAGUGCGCGUCAGAAAAGGGGGAUGUUCUGUGGUAGAGCCCAUGUACAAACUGACUAACUCUUGUAUCCCGUACUGGGAGGACCGCUUUGAAGUGAGACACAACCACACGGAAGAAUGGGACAUAUUCAACCUAACUGCUGGACACACCAUGCCACAGGGAUUUGAAUAUAAGGUUCAGGACGGCCCAAACGACUUUUGGUACAACGGUUUAUUUGGUUCGUAUCCCCCUAGCGGAUAUAUAGUGGAUGUCUCCAGCGCGGCCGCAGCGACAGCCACAUUCACAAGUCUCAAAGCCAACAACUGGUUGGACCGUUCUACGAGGGCCGUCUUCGUGGAGUUCACCAUCAACAACGCGUUCGUCAACGUCUUCACCAUGGUGAGGGUCGCCAUCGAAUUCCCCGUCACCGGUGGAAUGAUGGUGUCGGCCACGCAGUCAAGUUUCAGACCUUACCCGUACGUGGAGGCAUUCGACUUCGUUCUGCUUCUCAUCCAGAUCAUCUGGGCAAUCUUCGUGAUCUAUUUCUUCGUGAAGGAGUUGAUUCUGAUGUUCAAGAUGAAGUUGCAGUACUUCUACAGACAUCUGUGGCACGUCCUAGGCCUCUGUGACUGCAUAAUGGCGUUCCUGAGCAUGGCUUUCUUUGUCCUCAGGACGGUGUACCUCGUGGAAGUGGUCGAGGAGGUCAAGAAUAAUAUUGGUAAGUUUGUGCCUUUCGAUCGAGUAGUUCUUUGGGACGACGCUUACAGUACUGCCAUAGCCUUGGACUUGUUUUUGGCCAUGAUGCAGCUUUUUGCUCCUCUCUCCUUUAGCGAGAGUUUUGCCGUCUUAAAGUCCAUCCUCAAACGGAGCUUUGGAGAGGUCAUGAACUACGUCGGGAUAUUCGUCGUUCUCUUGUACAGCUUUAGCGCGGCGCUAGUGAUAGAGACCGGGGAUUUCACUACCUCUUUCAAAGAAAUACCCGAAUCUAUGUACCGUCUAUUUGGUGCCAUGUUGGGGAUUCUAAAAUACGCUGAUCUCCGGGAGCAAGACUCUCUUGUAAUGAUCUUAGUGUUCGUUGUGUUUGCAAUGUCGAUGAAUUUCAUUUUGUUGAACAUGUUUAUGUCUAUAAUCAACGACACUCUGUCGGACGUCAAAGAGGACCCUACCAAGCAGGAGUAUGAUAGGGAGCUGAAUAAACAUCUGAUGGAUAAGAUAGGCGCUCUGUUCACCACUAAAAAGGCUGAGAAAAAGACGGUCAGAUUUGGACUAGCAGGGUCGACGGAACCCCUGACUGGUGCCGAAGUGAGCGUUGACGAAACCUCACCAGAUCCAAAGGCAGACAACACGGCGGUAAACCUCCCAUUGAGGCCGUCUUCUGUGCGGCUUUGUCUGUCACCUAGCAACGGUCCGAUCGCCGAGGAAGACCCGGAUAUGGUGAAGAGUAAACUGGGGACGUCUUAUUUGACAGCAAAGUAUUAUCUGCAGGAAGACACGUAUCUACAGUCUGUAAACGUGGGAUUGGAUUUAGCCUAUUUGAUGGAGAAAACGGUAAACUGGGCCAUCCAGAGUCUGGAGGAAGAACUAGGCGAGAGUAAACCAGAAGGAUCAGAGGUCAAACCAGAAAAUAAGUCCUUUAAAACGACAGCACUAAAAAUGAAGAAAAGCGUCUUUGACAUCACCAAAGAGCUCCAGGCGAUGCAGAAAUCCCUUCUGAGAAUGGUCAGGAAUGAAAUACGGAGAGUUUGUCGUGACAAGAGUAUUAUGAAGGAGGACAGAGAAAAAGAGGUGGUUCGUCGUGUCGUUGCCAAGUGGCACAACAUGUCCCAGAUGGAAGGCGAUCCAGAUAGCUGGGAAAUGAUAUGUUUCCGAUCCACCAGUCAAACGUUGCUCUCCAUUGUGAAGGCAGUACCAGGCACUUUGGACGGCGAGGAUAUCUUGUGUGACGUAGACACCCCCAAUAGUAUAUUGAACAAGGUGGGCUGUGAGGACGUAAGAUACGUUAUGGGGGCACUCAUUGCCUUCGAACCACGCGGGCAAUUUGAAUUGGAGAGUGACAUCAUAAUCGGCAUACCAGUUGGAGAUCGUUCUUUCUCGUCAGCUCCCGAGAUGUCUCUGCGCGUGUCUUAUGACGUCAAUGGUAACCAGUGGGAAACGGUACCCCACACUGUUAAAAGCUACCAGCUAGAAGGACAGAACUACGUAGUUGUUCAGGGUCGAGUCACCCGAUUACCACGGAAGGCCGCCGCGGUGGCGCUACAUAAACGAACGUCACAUAAAAUCUCGCCAGCAGGGGGCGUUGUAACCACGUCAGAUUGUAAAAAUCUAUCAAUUACAUUCGACGUAGAUACGUUUGAAGCGACAUCUACAGUGUCACUGCAGGUAAUCAAUAUAACAGACCACCAGAAGAGGAAGACGUAUAUUGCCAGUGACACCUUCAACUUAACCACUUCUUUACCCGGACAAAACAUGAUCAGUGUGCAAAUUCCCUUUGCCAUUACGAUAGAAGAGGACGAAGAGAUCCGGGUGACAACAAAGUAUGGUGACAGCCAUUGGUACGACUCCGCCAUCAGUCAUGCAGUGACGCCAGAUAUGCCGUCCAUACGCUGCUUGCUACGGUUACCAACGCCAGAGGAGAAAUUGUGGUUCAGAUUAAGGAAGACUAAAAACAUUUGGGCAAAGAGGGGUCUGUCAAACAAACGGGAAAUGCGCAACGAUGCAAUCACAGACGAAUUCCUCUUGGAGCUGGCCCCGAUGCUCGGUAGUGACUGGGAGAAGUUGGGCAAAGAGCUGGGUUUAUCUUCGCACAGAGUUGCCCAGAUAGCGAAAGCCGACCCUGACGACACAUCGCGGGCAGUGGUGGUAUUGCGGAGAUGGUCCCAGAGCGUAGCGAUUUCAGUUGAUAAGCCCCCACCCCUCCGUCCCGUCCCACUCUUUCCGAAAAGGGAGAUGGACACAUGUAGCAAUUGA